AUGCCCGCCGACCAGUAUUACGAAAAGGUUGCGGGCGAUGAUUCAGGCGAGCCGCUGGUCGGAGAGGGCAGCUCGCGACGAGUUGUACGUGCGCCGCCAACAAAGUCGAGGAAGAGGUCGACUUUGACCAAGGUCGCUUUAGGCGCAGUCUUUGUCACAAUCUUCGUCGCUGCUGUUGGUGUCAUAUCGUCCGCAGUCGUGUCGUAUCGACUACCAGCAGCAACCGAAGCUGCACUUGCCAAGCAACAAGGCAGUACGACUACCUCAUCUGCUUCGUCUUCCUCCACUGGUAGCAGCAAAACUGCAGGGAUGGGUAUGGGCAUGGGCGAUGGAGAUUUUGACGGCAUGGACACAGACGCAGUGACCACAGAUGACAGGACACCAAGCAAGAGUGGAACAUUAGUGGAUGAAAGCUUCACAGCACUUUGGAAUGGAUCGAAACAUCAGGAGCUGAGGAGUUGUGGUGGCACACCAGAUGAAGCUCGAGCUGCAGGCUGUGUAUUCGAUGUCAUGAUGCAGCUCUGGACACCUCCUGAGUGUAUGGAUACACCGCUGUCUGAGCGUUUCCUGGAAGCGGGAAAUUGGACAUGGUAUGCAGACGGCGCGGCAUCUCGCGCGUACACAGAUGAGGAGAUUAGAAAGGGAGAGCAUGAUGUUGUGUAUGUCGCUCAGUCAUAUCAUCGGCACCAUUGUAUCUUCGCAUGGGAGCGACUUGUCCGAGCCAUGCGAAACCAGGCACCCUUGAUCGAAGAGCUUAUCAGCUACGACCAUGUCAUGCACUGCCGGCACAAGACCUUGACUCUGCCAGAAGAGGGCGCCGAACAGGUUCGAGGUGUAGUUGCUCCUACCGGGUACACCAAGUGUGCAAGUUAUGAUGUCUGGAUCCAAAACCUGCCACUUAACAAGAUGUCUUCCAGUGAAUAA